UGCUCCGUCCCCAGCGCGGGCCCAUCUGGAGCGGCGGCGGCGCGGGGUGCGGCCUCGGGGGCUGCGAGCGGCGGCCGGCGGGCAGGAGCGUGUUCAGAGAGGAUCCAGGAAAGAUAAGGGCAGGGGCAGGUACACUGAUGCUGAAGUACUAUGAGCUUUCACAACUUCUGGAAAGACUACAAAGUUCUGGUGGUUAUGGUACCUCUGAUUGGAUUCAUACAUUUGGGGUGGCAGAGGAUCAAAAGCAGCCCUGUUUUCCAAAUUCCUAGUAAGGACAACCUCUCUGAACCAGACACUCUGGCAAUUACAAGUCCUAAGAAGAACCACCUCCCAGGGAAGUAGCAGGCUUACAAGUUUCAG